GUCGUGCCUGCUCUGGGACGCGAGAGUGUCACAAAGUGCGCUGGCUCCACAUGUCGUCACUGGAGAAGCUGCAAUCGAGAAGGCAUUCAUUGAUGAUGAUGCAACUCAGAAAAGGUUCAUUGAGACGGUCACCGGAGGGCUGGAACUCCUAAGCAUGGUGCGGUCUCAGAGCUGGCUGGAGAAAUGGCUGUGGAACCUUCGAGUUCAGAUUCCGGCGUUCUCUGACGUUCGAGGUGGCUUCAAUUUCACGAUAUCGAAUGGGCUGUGUACCAACUUCGCGCUGGUGCACGUUCACACCGCAGCAGUGUAUGGUGGCUUGAACAUCACAGCUUCCGGCUUGAGCAUCCAUUGCACGCUGCACUGGAAUGCACAGUCCACCAUGAUCAGUUCGUUGCACUUCGAUGGCGAUGUUGUGGCACAGGUGAAAGAUGGCGUACUUGGCGGACCCCUCACAAUUGUGGCAGACAGCCUUCAGCCCCCGCUGCCUACAGCCAUCAAAGCAAAAGACUGCGCUGGCAGCAUUAAGGUCGAGCUCGACUUCCCAGGUUCGGUGCUGGACUGGCUGAAGCCCUUGAUCCAGUCUGCCCUGAACAAACGCUUGACGGGCUUGAUUUGCACCGAGCUGGACACGGCCAUAAAUGGCAAAGGAUCAGAGGCGCUGCAGAAUGUCAGCCAUACCAUUCGAGAGAUGUUGAAGGACACCCCCACGCCUCCGCCCACUCCGGUCGUUCACGAUCCCAAGAAGGAUCUGGUGGACCUGGGCAAAAAUUCCGGAGUAGAACUCAUACAUGACAUCGUGACAAAAGUGCUGGGGAAUGCCCGGUCGCCUCACAGCGCCAACAAUUUACUCACGAAAGCACUGGGAGCUGACGCAAACCUCUCGGCUGAGUCGCUGCUGAUGCUGCCCAUUUCGAAGGUUCUCCGCAUAGACAAGCUGGCCCAGAUCAAUAUUACGGUGAAGAAUGCAUCCGUGAGCCAUUUGAAUACAUGGACAGCCAUGGACAUCUACUCUCCCAAGCCACAGGAGCUCUCCUUUGGCAUGGAAAUGCAAGAGCUGGACCUGCAGCUCCAGUUGAAGCUUGGCAUUCUACCCGGCAGAGGGCCUGUGGGUGGCACUGAGCUGCAGGAGGAGUUCGCUGUCGCCCUGAAGGUGUCGGAGCUAUCCUUGGCUGCAAAGGCGUUUCUGGCUUUGAAUGCCACCAGACUGGGUACCUUCACCACUGAUCAGCUGGCAGCAGUCGGGUGUUUAGCCUCAGGCCUUGAUGCGGCAGCUGCGCUCCAAGCAGACUUCGGCGCGACCUCCUUCCGAACAACUCUGACUCCCCGGCAAGGCAGCGGCGACUUGGAGGAUGAUGUCGACCAUAUGCUGAACUCAGCCGCGGCCUUCCUGCUAGGAGCUUACAAGGACGCAAUCCAGCAGGUCGGACACAGCAUGCUCAUGGCAGAAGGUCUUCACAUGGUGAACGAGAAGAUCAGCAGCUUCCUGUCAGCACCACCACCAUGUCCACCUCCUGAGAAUGACUUCAGCAAUGACAUGCUGUCGAAUUCAGCCUUAGCUGCAUUCGCAGUGUGCUUUUUGGCAUCAUUAGGCACUUGCCUGGGCCUGUCCAUCAAAUCGAAGAAGACAGAUCCGCGGGCAUGUCAAAUGCAGGACAUGUCCUUGGCAACGACAGUAACAACGAGUACGGGGACCGGGCCUACUUCCUUGGUGGCAGAGAUAGGCGGCGGUGGUGCUAAUCUUUCUGCUAUGAUGCCGGCGAGGGCUUUGGCUUUCCACCCGCGAACGCCGCCGUAUAUGCGUUGGGGCCUCCCGCUGCUAAUGGCUGCAACAAUUCUCAUGUUCGUGUCGAGCAACUCUGGGAUUGGGGCGGGCGUCGUCGUUUCUGUGACAGCAAACGGGCGGCCUGUCGUGGAUUUGCCGCCGACCUUCCAGUUCUCACUCCUCGGAUCCAUCAAGGACAUGUGGCAGGGAAAAGUAUAUGGCCUGGCGUUUCUCAUCCUUGGCUUCAGCGGACUUUGGCCAUACAUCAAGCCGACCUUGAUGCUGGUCUGUUGGUUUACGCCGCCCUCCCGGCUGAGCGUUGCGAAGCGCCAGGGCUUGCUGAACUUCCUGGAUGCCUUUGGCAAGUGGUCGUUGGUAGACACGUUUUUCAUGGUGCUUUGCAUGGUUGCCUUCAACUUCGACUUGCGAGCUACUACUGAUGGGCCAGCAUUGCUUAAUGAUAUUUUCCGGGAGGCUAAAGGCGAAGCUGCGUUCAACGUCCAUGUUCAACCAGACCUUGGCUUCUUUACCUUCCUCGCUGCGACCUUUCUCUCGCUUAUUGCUGGCCAUAUAACGACUGCCUGCCAUCGCUAUGCGCACAAGCUGGGCGAGUUCGGAGUAGAGGAGGACAACGACAAGCGACGACUGUGCUACGUUUUGUGCUCAAGCCCUCUGGAUGUGCACGGUCCGACGAUAUCCAUCGGCGUGUCCCUCUUGUUGGUUCUCUGUGGCACAUUCUUGGAGACCUUCAACUUCAAUUUCCUGGGCAUGGCGGGCUAUGCUUUGGGGGAGGAGGCGCGACACCGCCCAUUUUCCGUGUUCAGCCUGGGCACGAGAAUUCGAAGCAGCAAUCCGGACCCCGACAGUGCCGGGAUUCUGAUCCUCGCAGGAGUCUACUUCCUCUUUACCACUAUUGUCGUGGUCGCUUACCACGUGAUUUUGAUUGUUCUGUGGACUGCUCCGUUGUCCAGAAGAGCACAGAAACAGUGGCUUCUGACCGCGCAGGUGUUCAAUGCCUGGAGUGGCUUGGACGUUUUCUGUGUGACCAUCUUGGCGGGAAUCCUGGAGCUUCGGGAGUUUGCGCAUUUUAUUGUCGGCGACAAAUGUGACGCGAUCAACCAGGCCGUUGCCAAGACGACAUUGGCCGACAAGUUGCCAGGUGGCGUCACCUGCUUUGAUGUGGAGUCUACCCUCCGCGUGGGUUUCUUGGUCUUGGCGCUGGCUGUCGUCAUCUCCACGAUAACUGGCCAUAUCAUGAUGGCAAAGUGCAGCAAAGCUUUAUGCGCACCGCCAGCAGAUGCCGAUGUGCGAGAGGAGGCUUAA